AUGGGUUCUAGAGAAGGGAAAGGGCUGGUGGUACCCUGGGGAUGGGGAGCUUGUGCAGAAAGAACGCUGAGCACCGAGAGGGUCAAGUUAAUGGCUAUCCUCAGGACUGUGAUCUGUGUCCAACUUGAUGGCAGCUAUGGGAAUGAACAGAUACUGCUGCUCGCUGUGUUUGCUGCAGGCCCUUCUCAGGACAUUCUAUUGUACCCUGGAGAGCUCAUGGCAUUCCAUGAUGUCACCAGUGUUGUAGCAACGCCAACUGCCCUUAGGGCAAUCCUUCAGUGCCUCUCGGUUGUAUCAGUAAGCAUGUUGUCAAGACUGAGGCGACUACUUGGAAGAGAAAAUGGAGAACACCAAGAGACUAUAGAAAGGCAGAAGGAAGCAGGUGUUCAAUCUCAGGAGGCUGCUAUGGAGACAUCAACCCACCCAAGCCUCCUCACCAAGAAACAAGUGAAGAAGGAAAUGGAGAGGCUGAACAGGGAGCUGCAGCUGAUGACCAACCACAGAAAUGAUUUGCGAGAUCGCCUGCUCUUUAUCACUGAGGGAAAUGUGGAAAAAAGGCCUGCAUUCAUAGGGUUCUUUGCUCCUGGGUCCAGUCCCGAUCACAGGCCAAAUCCUUUCUAUAAGAAGCUGAAGACAGAGCAUAAGGAGAUCAUGGAAGAACUACAGAGCUUACAGAAUAAGAACACCAAAGCUUCAGAGAAGUUAGAUGACCUUGCCAAGGAGACAGGCUUCUAUCGGGGUGGGAAAAGGAGCCUGGCAGGACCUUACUAUACAGAGGGUCUUUCCAGCGGUCUGCACAGCCGGCUCCUGAUGGAACAAACUACACUGAAGAAGAAAGUAGACAUGUUGAGGCAGGAGAACAAGAAACAGAUGGAGGAUUGGUUCCUGCUGAAGCACCACUUGAGGGAAUUAAAAUUGAUCUGCAAGAAACAAAAGGAAAAGACCAGCGACCUCCAGACCAAGCAAAAGGAGUUCCAAAGAUUGGAGGAAAAUCUGCAGAUCCUGCUGAAGCAGAAGGAGAUGCUCUCCCAGGAAAAGGACUUGGCAGAAAAGGUGCAGCAUCACUUUGAGAUAUACCAGAUGAGGUCAGAAAAAUUCAAACAUGAGCUGGAACAGGCCACAGCCCAGGAUGAGAGCCUCCUUCAGAAGGAGCUGCUAACCCAGGAACCACCUGCUGAUCUUGAUCCUGAGCAAAUACUGAAUUCCGGGGAUGCCUUUUCUUCUUUGGAUUUUAUUUCCUAUGUGUGAAGAGGCCCCAAUUAUGCCAAGCCAGUGACCCAGCAAGGCUGCCUCUGGGUCCAUAUUCCCUUUUACUUUUAGUUUGGUUUUU